UCUGCUACAGCUGAUUCGGUCGCCAUCUUUGUCGCGAACAUAAACAACGCCAGAGAGUCGCGUUGGCAUUCGGAUGUAUCGCUGUUAUUGUGGAAGAAAGCGACGAAAGCUUCCCCCGCCGCGGCGCUGAUCUUUUCAAACCGAGGAUGGCAGUUGCUUUGGCCCCCUGAGCCACCGUGUCAGUCGGUAAGAAAGCGGCGGUGUCGAGCGGCGGCGUCGUCAGCUGACGAGAUGGGGAUCCUUUGCGGGUUGCCUCACCGGGAGGGAGCGGAGGUUUAAAGGGGGCGGGGGAGGGCAGCAGAGGGGCCUUGCUGCUCGUCAGCCCUGAAGACAUGGACCAAGAGUACGAGAGACGGCUGCUCAGGCAAAUUAACCACCAGAACCUGCCGACAGAGGCCCGCCUGUCAAAGUGUGUAAGUGCCACCUGCAGUCCUGUCAGUGUUAAGUCAGGGGAUCGCUUCAUCCCCACCCGAGCUGGAAGCAACUGGAGCAUCAACUUUCACUACGCUAAUGAGAACUGUCGCUCUCCAAAUCAGAACCAUAAAGCAAAGGAUGCCAGUUCAGAUUCAAGCAAAGACACUGUGGCGUAUGCCGCCCUGUUGAGGAAUGAGUUGCUGGGGGCGGGGAUAGAGACCGUGCCAGACCCUCACACAGACGACCGGCGGCACACAGUCCUCUCUCAAGACUCUCACAGCCUUUUUAGGUACACUGUCCACACUAAGAGAGUGCCUUUCGAUAGUGAUAAUGAAGUCUCACCAUACUCCCUUUCCCCACUUAGUAACAAGAGUCACAAGCUGCUCCGUUCCCCUCGUAAACCAGCACGGAAGAUCUCCAAGAUCCCCUUCAAAGUGCUGGAUGCUCCGGAGCUGCAGGAUGACUUCUACCUCAACCUGGUAGACUGGUCAGCGGGCAACCUGCUCAGUGUCGGCCUGGGAGCCUGCGUCUACCUGUGGAGUGCCUGCACCAGCCAGGUGACAAGGUUAUGUGACCUUUCAGUGGAUGGAGACUCGGUUACGUCAGUUUGUUGGAAUGAGAGGGGAAGUCUGGUCGCCGUUGGAACCCACAAAGGUUACGUUCAGAUCUGGGACGCAGCUGGAGGCAGGAAGCUGACCAGCCUGGAGGGUCACUCAGCCCGUGUAGGUGCCCUGGCAUGGAAUGGGGAGCAGCUGUCGUCGGGAAGUCGGGACAGAGUGAUCCUCCAGCGGGACGUCAGGACCCCCCCUUCUGCUGAGAGGAGGCUGCAAGGUCACAGGCAAGAAGUGUGCGGUCUCAAAUGGUCUCCUGACCACCAGCACCUCGCGUCCGGAGGCAACGACAACAAGUUAUUGGUGUGGAACAGCUCCAGCCUGCUCCCUGUGCAGCAGUACAGUGACCACCUGGCAGCAGUGAAGGCCAUCGCCUGGUCCCCGCACCAACAUGGGCUGCUGGCGUCAGGGGGCGGCACCGCCGACCGCUGCCUGCGCUUCUGGAACACACUGACAGGUCAGGCGCUGCAGAGCACAGACACCGGCUCCCAGGUCUGCAACUUGGCGUGGUCCAAACACGCCAAUGAACUGGUGAGCACUCACGGCUACUCUCAGAACCAGAUCCUGGUGUGGAAGUAUCCAUCACUAACACAGGUGGCCAAGUUGACAGGACACUCCUACAGAGUGCUAUAUCUGGCCGUGUCACCAGAUGGGGAGGCCAUUGUUACAGGAGCAGGGGAUGAGACACUACGUUUCUGGAAUGUCUUCAGUAAGACACGCUGCACCAAGGAAUCAAAGUCGGUGCUGAACCUCUUCACAAGAAUACGAUAGUGAACGGCCCCCGUCAGGACUGGUUCAGGCGGAGCCUACAAAGCUGCGGUGGAAGUGCACAGUCACCCAGCCACGCUCACAGACUAACCGUUACAGCCCUCUCAUCUCAGCACCAUCCUCAACAAGCACCAAGAAGACAGCACUUCUCGAGUCCACUUUUUCUACAGCCUCAACUUCAAACGACAACUGCCAUCCCUCACAGUGACAUCACUGAUUAAAAAAAAAAAAAGAAAGAAAGAAAAAUGAGCAGUCUAUUGUCAGGACACGUUGUCUGCUUGAAAAAAAGUUUGUCUUGUUUUCUUUUCUGUUGUGGAAGUGAUGAAAUUGUUUUACUAUAUAUUAGCAGAAGUAUACAUCUACAAGAGUUCUAAACUAUAUAAUGUAACAACGUCACAUUUUUAAAAAGGCUCUCCUUUGUAACAGAGAGAAGAAGAAGAAGCCUGG